GUUAGGGGAGGAGAGGACGUCAUGUUGAGGAAACGAAACUUAAGGUUCAUAGAGACCAAAGCCAACCGACGUGGAAGCAGUUCUCUCUUUCAGGAGAAACUCAUUUUUGGAACAAAUAGUCUGACAGACAGUAACAACUAGGAAUGGCCUGUGCUAACACUUCCUGGUCUGAAGAGAACUUUUCAUGUUCCAUCUGUCUGGAUGUGUUCAACAGUCCAGUGACCACCACAUGUGGACACAACUUCUGCAGAACCUGUAUUACAAAGUUCUGGGAUGAACAAGUCCAGUAUAAAUGUCCUGUUUGCAACAAGCUUUUCAACACAAGACCUGAUCUACAGGUCAAUACCUUCUUAUCAGAGCUGGCUGCUCAGAUUAGAACAACAGUACGAGUAAAAGAGCAGCCUUGUGUUGAACCAGCAGAAGUUCCCUGUGACGUCUGUACUGGGACCCAGCAGAAGGCUGUGAAGUCCUGCCUAGUGUGUCUUAUCUCUUACUGCCAAACCCACCUGGAGCCACAUCAGAGAGUCGCUGGGCUGAAGAAACAUCGGCUGGUCGAGCCUAUGGACCGUCUGGAAGACAGGAUGUGUAAGAAACACGACCGACUUCUGGAGCUCUUCUGCCAGACUGAACAGGUGUGUGUGUGUCUGUUGUGCACAGUGACAGACCACAAGUCCCAUCCUGUUGUACCUCUAAAGGAGGAAUAUGAAGUGAAGACGGCCCAGCUGGGGAAGAGAGGGGCUGAAGCUCCACAGAAGAUCCAGGAGAGAAAACAAAAGAUUAAGGAGCUCAAAGACACAGUGGAACUGAGCAACAAAGACGCAGACAGAGAGAUAGCCCAUGGUGGGCAGGUCUUCACUGCUCUGAUAGGCUGUGUUGAAAAGGGCCGGGAGGAAUUUAACCAAACGGUUAAAGAGAAACUGAAAUCCACAGUGAAACGAGCUGAAGACCUCAUCAAAGAGCUGGAGCAGGAAAUAGAAGAUCUGACCAAUAGAAGCUCAAAGGUGAAGCGGCUCUCACACACUGAAGACCACCUCCACUUCCUCCAGACCUUCAGAUCCCUGAAGGAUCCUCCACCCACCAGGGACUGGACCACGGUUGAGGUCCGUCCUCCGUCAUACGUAGGGGCUUUGAGGAGAUCCCUGGAUCAGCUGGAGGAGACACUGAACAAGGAGAUGAAGAAGCUGCCUGAUGAUGCUGAACUGAAGAGGGUCCAGAAGUAUGAAGUAGAUGUGACUCUGGAUCCUGAUACAGCUUAUCCCAGGCUCAUCCUGUCUGAGGAUGGGAAACAAGUACAUGAUGGAGGUGGGUGGAAGGAACUCCCAGACAACCCUAAGAGAUUUAUAUACCAUACAUGUGUUCUCACGAGGCAGAGCUUCUCCUCAGGGAGAUUUUACUUUGAGGUCCAGGUUAAAGACAAGACUCUAUGGUGGUUAGGAGUGGCCAGAGAGUCCAUCGACAGAAAAGGUGUGACAGAGUGGACCCCUGAGACGGGUUUAUGGACUCUUUGGUACGUCAAUGAUGUGUUCUUAUUUAUUGAUAACCCUGAUGUCCAUCUCCCCCUGAGAGCAGAGCUCCAGAAGGUGGGGGUGUUUGUUGAUUAUGAUGAGGGUCUGGUCUCCUUCUAUGAUGUGGAAGCCAGGGUUCAUAUCUACUCUGCUACUGGCUGCACCUUCACUGAGCCUCUCUAUCCAUUCCUCUGUCCAUGGCUUCAUAGAGAAGGUACAAACUCUGCCCCCCUGAUCAUCUCACCUGUCAAUCAAACAGACUAGGACCUUUGUUUGAUAAUAAAAUAAUCAAACGACCAAAACAACUAAUGUUGUUUCCUGAAUUAGAAUAGAAUUAGAAUCUCUACUAUGUGAGAUCUGAGAGAUCUGCAUUAAUGUCGUACUGCUGUCAUUUAACGAGGAGAAUAUAUUUAAGAAUUAACCCUCUAGUUGUGUAACAUAACCCUUUAUAAAAGGGUUAUAUUACACUCCAUUUAUGCGUCUGUUUUCUUUUAUUUAUUUUACAUGUUUAAAGGUAUACAUUUUUUUGCAGUUAUAUAGAAUAUGUUUAGAGGAUUAACCUGUAUAAAUAAUAAUUUGAAAAUUGAAUAUAUAUAAGAAUAUUGAAUGACAAAACAAUCCAAUGUCUAACACUUGUGAUUUUAAUAAAAAGAAAAUGCUAAUAUUGUAAUGCGUAGGCCUACAUUAUCAUUGUAAUGGAUCAUUUCAGGGGAAUAGAUAGAUUCCAGGCAAAUAGUGUUCAGUAUUAAUACUGUUUCUGUAAAAUACUGUUUCUGUAAGUGUGAUACAAAAAAUAAAAUUCUUUAUUUCUAAAAA